AUUCAUUAUUGAAUCUGAUUAGGUACUAUUGUAUUUAUAAAUUUUGUGCUGUGUUAGUCUACCGACGUGAAGAACUGAAGAUAUAGUAUUAGAGAUGCAGGACAAGUCGUAUGCGGUGGUUGCCUUUCUGGAUGAAGAGGACAGCUACUCGGAAAUCCCGUCAUUUUGGCUGUCCCACAAUAACACUAAGUGUUGGUGGCCAAAGAGUAAAACACCUUCAAAUUUUAUAAAACGUGGAGCAAAACCCGACCCCGCAAAAUGGAGUUUAUGCAGUGUAAGAGUUGAAGGAACUUUUUCGACUUUAGAAGAAGCCAGAAAAAGGGCUGAAAAUGAAGAUUAUACCUCUUCGGAGGAAGUCCAACGCAACAGGAAGAAAAAUCCAAAAUAUGUGGAUUCCCAACUAGCUAUUACAAGUGAUGAAGAAUAUUCAACAAGUCGAAGUGGAACACCGCCACCACAAAUGUGUGAAGAAGUUUUAGUCUAUACUUCACCUUCAACAUCACCCAUUAAUCUAGAACAAAUGCCAGUUAUAAUUGCAGAUAACAUCGUCGAGUCUGGUAAAAUAUAUUCCUUUAUACUUCACGGCAAACCUAGAAUUAUUUUAAAUAUAUGA